CCGUGUCUCUCCCCGCUAACAGAAAAGCGCCGUAAAGUCACUGACAAGAGUAGACUCAUGAAAGAAACCGGACGACGGAUAGUUUUAAAGCUGGAUUCGCGCGGCUGCUUCCUUUUUCCGCUAUAAUUGCGUUUUUUUAGAGACUUUACACUGGUGGUUUGUACCGCGAAGUCCCAAGUCGCCGGGAUUUCCUCUCAUCUCGAGGUUCCCAAGAUGAACUUCGAUCCGGUGGUCGGGAAACUUUCUGUGUUGGCGGCAGUGCUCCUCGUCGGGCUGGUUUGUCACGCAGCAGAACUACCAGCAUCUCAGUGGUCCAGCGAUGAAUACAAAAACCUCACCCUUCGACGGCACAGAACGUGUGUGGAGAACGAACAAUACCUCCAUCAGGGACUCUGCUGCCUCAAUUGCCAGGCUGGAACCUUUGUGCAGAAGGAAUGUGAAAGAGACCAAGAACAAGGGACGUGUCUUUCCUGCGAGCAUGGACAGACCUACACGGAGCACUCCAACGGGAUGAACCGCUGUUUGCCCUGCACACACUGCCGCUCAGAUGAGAUGGAAACUGCUUCCUGCACCACCACCACAGACACCAGGUGCCAGUGCAGACCGGGUACCUUCUGUGUCCCAGAUCAGGCCUGCGAAGUCUGCAAACGCUGUGCCAAGUGUAAAUCAGGAGAGGAGGAGGUGAAAAAGUGCACCCCCUUUUCUAACACCGAGUGUCGAAAGCGGGAUCCGUCCCCGACCAAAACCUUCCCGGCCCUCCCCACACAGACCCCUACUUCUGCACCAAACAUCGCUGUUCCUGUAUCCAUCCUAAUCUUCAUCCUCCUCCUCCUCCUCGUCGGAGUGGCUGUGUGGUGGUUCAGAUUCAAGCAGCGUUCAUGUGAAAUACCAUGUUCAAAGAGCCAUUCCAGUGAUUCCAGUGAAAUUGUGAAGGUUCCUAUUGACGAGAGUGGAGCCACAGCAGAGGAGAGACAGAAUAAUCAGAACGCUGGUCUGGAGGGGGAGGAGUCCCGCCCGGAGUCACGGCCCCUGCUGCAGGAGACCCAGGCUGGGGUGACCAAGGCCUCCCCUGCCCUCGAAGAUGAGGACCGAGGACUGGGAGACAGUUUGCCCAACACCACUAGUUCGUCUCAGACUAGCCUGUCAGCUCUGCCCACGGCAGCUUCCUCUGGUAACACCCCACGGCAGAGCCCCACUGCCUUCAGACUGCAGCCUGUAGACAUGUUGCAGGAUGAUCCUCUGCGACAUCGACUGGUGCCACUACUAGGGUCAGAGAAAUCCCUGAAGAAGAGCUUUGAUCUGUUCGACGAGUACCUGGAUGUGCGGAUUCAUAACAGAUUCUUCAGAAUGAUUGGAGUCAGCGACAACCACAUUCGGAUUGCGGAGAAUGGCGCCCCCACUGACAAAGUGUAUGAACUGCUGAAGAACUGGAUGCAGAGGCAGGGACUAAAAGCCGACAUCAACGACCUGUUAGAGGCUUUGUUAAGUAUGGACCAGCGGCGCUCCGCUGAGAGCAUCGCCUCUGCAGCCCUGCAGAGACGCUACUACAAGCAUGCAGACACACCCUGAAAGCUGAAGUCACAGGGACUGCAAGUGAAGAAAACACAAAGUACUUAAUACAAGAGAACUAAAAGCACAUAGACCCUAUCGGUGGACAUUGUGUCUCGCAAACAGGCUUACCUCUUUGUGGCUGAGCAGCCACGUCUUCAAAAGCCAGUAGUUUUAAACAGAAAAACACAAAAAGGGGAAAGUCGAGCCGGAUCGAUCAGAGCUCUCAGCAUGUUGACCACUCGCCAAACGCAGAGGUGUAAUAAUGAAAAUGAAGAAUGUGUUUUGUGGUCAGACUACCACCGAAGACAACGAUGAACGUGAUUUCAAAAAGAGCAGAAAAAAACAUGAAGGUGUCAAUUUCCACAUGCAGAAACGGCUGCGUGUUCGAGGCUCUCAUGAAGCAACAUGCAUCCAGUUACUGAAAGCUUAGCCGUCUCUGGGCACGUGUCACUCAUCUGGUCCUCUACCCAGAGCAAAGUACACUACCUGGAGACAAGGAUAUACACUGGUUUAUAGGAGUGGCAUUAGCUGUGUCACUAAUACUGUGCCUCUUUGUUGCACUGACCUCUGGCACAUGUAGGAUCUGAAACUAAAAUCAUGCUAUAUUUGUUGUUUUGUAGAUUUAAGCUUCUCUGAGAACAUAUGUAACAGUUCAUGGACAUUUUCCCGACUAAUGAUGAUCAUAGACUUUACCUCGUCGAUGCCAUUUGAUAAUCUUAAAUUUAUUUAGGCAUACGUUUUCAUGAUUUGAUGAUGUUCAUGGAGUGCGGUGAUUCAAAAACGCCAUUUUGUCGUUCACAUUGGAGAAAUGCUUCCAGUCUUUGUCGUCCAGUCAUUUAUAUGUUCAGUGUUACUACACACACGACAUUGUAGAAGGAAUUUCACAUGCUGUUUCUGUCGGAGCAACUGUUAAUAGUUUAGUCAAAUGUUUCCAUAAUUUUUCCAUGUAACUUGGAGAACUUCAAGGUCAUUUUAUUUAUUGACAUAUUUAUUGUAAUGAAUAAUAAUUAACUUUGAUUAUUUAUACCAAAAACGACCCUGGAAAACAAGCACACGCUGUUUUUGUGUUGUGAUGACGUUUAGCUACAGGGCAAAAUGACUGACAUCCAAAUUUUCAAGGUGUGGUUGAAACUGGCAGCGUUGAGUCGAGCUCUGCUCUCGCUUACCGCGCCGCGUUCAGCGUCGCACGCCGGUCCACGCUGCCGGCGCGUUGAUGCGUCGUGUGCCAGUGAGCCUCCAAUCAGACAGCCUUCAGCACGUUGUUGAAGCGUUCAUGCUGAAUGCGGAGUGUGUCAUUUCAAAUUGGAGCUGAGGUGACAUCAGUCUUAAGAAAUGUGGACUCACCUGUUGAGUCGACAGUCCUGUACGUGUCUGCAGGUGCGGAUUGUUCUGUCUCAGUUAGACUCAAACUAGAUGAAGGAAAACUUUUUCUGGAUUUUAAAAGAAGCUCAAAUUCAUUUCUCUAAUUCUUUCUUAUGUACAUACAAAUGUCCAGAGAGCAUUCAAGCCUCACGAAGUGUAUAUGUAUAUAUGCAGCGCUGUUUUCAAACCAAAAUGAACACAGUGAGGUAUGAAGUUAUUGAGAACAACAGAAACACCGACCGCAGUAGUUGGCUGUUGACGUUGUGGUAUUUUCAGCUAGAUUUUGCCCAUGUUUCUGCAGUCUCUUGUGUAUAAAGGAAAGAGUUACAGAGUUAUAUAUUAUUGCUGAGGAGUGACGCUACAGUGCUGGCACUGCCAUCUGUUGACGGACAAUGAAAAUACAGCCUGCAUCAAUUUCUAGGGACCCUCACACCCCCUGUCACUUCUUUUUUAACGCAUCCAUUUCUUAGACUUUCCUCUGUUGAAAUUCCUCUUUCCUGAAGUAGAAUAGCAGUGAAUUGUCUUUUGUUUUUUUAAACAUGAUUUCUGUGUUUUUACUUUUACAUAUUUCAUUACAAGUCCUGAGUUGUUCAAUUAACUUCCUUAAACUUGUGUAAAAACGUUUUGUGCAGCAUUGCCAUUAAGCCAUUUCCUCCUUAGUUAUCGUUUGCUUGUCGUGGAUUUCAGAUAUAAAUUAUACAAAUGCAACAAAGCUGUUUUUAUGUCAAUUUCAAAUAAAUGUUUUGUACAGUAACCAUUUGUGAAUUGCUGA